AUCCUUCACUGUGCAGUUCUCCUUUUCUCCUCCAUGGCUCCCGAGCUUGUUCAAACCAUUGCGAAACCAGUCGAGUUCGCUAAACUUGCCACCUUGCCGAGCCGGGCGUACGUGACCUUCUUGGCCGGUAAUGGCGAUUACGUGAAGGGCGUCGUGGGUUUAGCCAAAGGAUUGAGGAAGGUGAAAACCGCGUACCCAUUAGUGGUUGCGGUUUUACCCGACGUUCCCGAGGAGCACAGACGGAUUCUGAAGAACCAAGGGUGUGUUGUGCGCGAGAUCGAACCCGUUUACCCGCCCGAGAACCACACCCAGUUCGCCAUGGCGUAUUACGUAAUCAACUACUCCAAGCUCCGUAUCUGGGAGUUUGCGGAGUAUAGCAAGAUGAUAUAUUUGGACGGAGAUAUUCAAGUGAAUGAUAACAUCGACCACCUCUUUGAUCUUCCCGACGGCUAUUUCUACGCCGUGAUGGACUGUUUCUGUGAGAAAACAUGGAGCCAUACCCCACAGUACAAGAUCGGAUACUGCCAACAGUGCCCGGAUAAGGUGAAGUGGCCGGCGGAGAUGGGUGAGCCACCUGCUCUCUACUUUAACGCCGGCAUGUUCGUUUUUGAGCCGAAUCUCACAGCCUACGAUAAUCUCCUCAGGACUCUCAAAGUCACUCCUCCUACCCCCUUUGCUGAACAGGACUUCUUAAACAUGUUCUUCAAGGACAUUUACAAGCCAAUUCCUAAUAUUUACAACCUCGUGCUCGCGAUGUUAUGGCGUCAUCCGGAGAAUGUGGAGCUUUACAAAGUGAAGGUUGUUCACUACUGUGCAGCGGGAUCAAAGCCGUGGAGAUACACUGGGAAAGAAGAGAAUAUGCAGAGAGAGGACAUCAAGAUGCUUGUUCAGAAAUGGUGGGACAUUUACAACGAUGAAUCACUUGAUUACAAGAGGCCCGUUGUGGCCGAGGACGAUGCCGAACCAAGGAACUUGUGGCCGCUCAUUGCGGCUCUUUCAGAAGCUGGAGCAGCUCAAUAUGUGACCGCUCCAUCAGCAGCAUAAGGUGCAGACGGUUGGCAUGCAUUGUUCUCGGAGGGAGGAUAAGACAGUAAUUGUAGGUAGAAAAAGAAAUGAGAGUGAAAAUGCAAAUUCGUCUUCUUUUAGGAGUUAAUAAGGAAUUAAAAAAGCACUUUGACU